AUGAUCAUUAAAACUUGUGCUGAAGUGAUGAAAAAAUAUUCGUAUGGUAAACGGUAUGAAUUUCUUAUUCAAGCAGCAGAAGAGAUACAAGAAGAUAUUUUACAACCUAAACAAUUUCACGUAACUCGUUUCGUCAGUUCUCAGUUACAUGUUUAUGAAACAAUAUUGAGAAACUGGAAAACUUUAUACGUUUUACAAGAAAAAGAUGAUGUAAACAUGGCAUUAGGUCAUGGUGAUAUUAGUACAAGAACGAGACAAAAACUUGAUGCUCAACAAAAACCAGGUGAUAAAGAUGUUGAUAGUAUAGCGUCGAGACAAAUAAAAUCCUUCGAUUUUGUUUGUACACUUAUUGGUUUGUAUGACAUAUAUAGUAUACUUGUAGAAGCAUCAUUAUCGGUGCAACAGAUAAAUAAAUAUCCAUGGGAAUAUGAUUAUUCAAUUGAAUAUUUACAAGAACGAUUAACUAAAUAUGAAGAAUUAUUAGAAACUUUGAAUUUUAAAUCAGCACAAGAUGUUGAAAAUUUAGAAAAAUUUGAUUUAGAUAAAUUAGUUUAUUCAACAGCUACUGAUGAUUUUGAUGUUGAUGAAGAUGAGUAUGACGAAACAAAAGUACAAAAAAAACAAUCAAUAACUUUAAUGAAACAAUAUUAUCAUGAUUUAUUAAAAUGCGAAUUUCAGCAACUUCCAAUCACUAGAAGAGGUGGUGAUUAUGAAUUAGAAGAUCCAACUAAACAUAUACGACAAAAGCUAAUCGAGUUAUGCCAACAUCUAUCAGAAUCAAUUGCUAAACGAUUUGAAGAUAUUCCAGAAAUUUUUGUGUUAAUGAAAAACUGUUUAGAUGUUGCAUUUUUAUAUCAGCAAGCAAAACUGAUAAAUGCGCCUGUUAUUCAAGAUCAAUAUUUAGAGUGGAAACAACGUUGUUUAAAUGAAAUACAAGAUAAAGAUAUGUUUAGUGUUUGGACAACUAACGGGAAAAUAUUUACAUCCAAAGUGAUGAAAACAUUUUACACUAAUACAGAUUUAUCGGAAGGAAUAAAUGAUUUUCUUCAUUUUUAUUCAUUAAUGAUAUUAAAAAUUAGAAGUGAAGCUAUUUGUGAAUCAGCAGCAUCGAUAUUAAAAGGUCAUAUUCACAAUAACCGUUCAUUACAACACAAAUCUUUGGAUGAUGAAGUAUUUCUUCAUUGGAAUGCUCCACCGUUGCAUUUAGCUGAUAAAUUUAUUGAACAAUCAAUAGAUGAUUAUUUUAUAAACAAAAAGGACAAAACUUGGUUAUUUUAUAGGAAAAGUGAACAAUAUCAACCAUGGAGAUUAUUAUCUCCUGAUUCAAUCGUGUUGAAUCGUUUCCGAAGUGAACAAGUACCAAGACUACUAGAAUUAAUUGACGAUUAA